AUCUUCGGGUAUGUUCGACCACCUUCGUGCCCUAUCUUGACAUCUCAUUUUCUGCCAUGCAUGGUCGAUCAAUUGCAGUGUAAAUUGUGAAAAAUAGUGGUGUUUUUGCAGUGAAAGUUGUAGUGUCCGUCACCAAAAUGCCUUCUAGCGAUCCUCUACCACCUAAAGAAAGUGCACUUUUCAGAAAAAUCCUGAAAUGCUACGAGAUGAAACAAUACAAGAAUGGCCUGAAACUUGCCAAGCAGAUUCUGUCGAAUCCCAAGUUUCAGGAGCAUGGCGAGACACUGGCCAUGAAAGGAUUAACACUGAAUUGUUUGGGACGCAAGGAGGAGGCGUACGAUCAUGUUCGCCGGGGGCUGCGCAAUGAUCUGCGCUCCCAUGUGUGCUGGCACGUGUACGGACUGCUGCAGCGCAGCGAUAAGAAAUACGAUGAAGCCAUCAAGUGCUAUCGCAAUGCCCUGCGCUGGGAGAAGGACAAUAUUCAGAUUCUGCGAGAUUUGUCGCUGCUGCAGAUCCAAAUGAGGGAUCUGGAGGGGUACAAUGAGACGAGAAGUCAGCUAUUUCAGUUGCGUCCCUCACAGCAUGCCAGCUGGAUUGGCUUUGCGAUGAGCUACCAUCUUCUGGGGGAUUUUGAGAUGGCCAACAGUGUACUGGAGACUCUAUUGCAAUCCCAGACGCCAAUUGAUACGCAUGACUACAAGCACAGUGAAUUGUUGCUGUAUCAGAAUCAGAUUCUCCAGGAGUCGGGGCAGGUGGACAAGGCUUUUAAGCAUCUGGAGGAGUUUUCCUAUCAAAUUGUCGAUAAAUUGGCUGUCAAGGAGACCAUGGGAGAGCUCUGUUUGAAGAUGGAACGCCAUUCUGAUGCUGUGCCCAUUUAUCGGGAAUUGCUGGAACGUAAUCCAGAGAAUACCAUGUACUAUCGCAAAUACAUGGAAGCACGUCAGUUGCUGGACAAACCAUCUGAACAGUUGGCUGUCUAUACGGAAUUUCAGAAGGAAUUCCCUUCGUCCAUCUGUCCGAAGCGUCUGCCGUUGGAUGUGGCGUCAGGUGAGGAAUUUCGUCGGCUGGUGGAUCAGUACUUGAGACGGGGGCUGCGCAAGGGAGUGCCGCCGCUCUUUGUAAAUAUGCGCUCCCUCUAUGCUCUUCCCGAGAAGGUGGACAUCAUUGAGACUUUGGUUCUGGGCUACUACGAUGCCCUGCAGGAAUGCGGAUUCUUUGCAAAGGAGGACGCUGAGGUACCGGAUGCAGUCAAGGAACCCGCCUCGGCACUGCUGUGGACCCUGUACUACCUAGCUCAGCACUUUGACCAUUUGCGGCAAACGGAGCAGGCGCUGAAGUUCAUCGAUGCGGCCAUAGAGCAUACGCCUACUCUGAUCGAGCUAUUUGUGACCAAGGGACGCAUCUACAAACACGCUGGAGAUCCCUACGAGGCUUUCCGGUGGCUCGAUGAGGCACAGAGUCUCGAUACGGCUGAUCGAUACAUCAACUCAAAGUGUGCCAAGUACAUGCUGAGGGCGAAUAUGGUGAAUGAGGCUGAGGAGGUUUGUGGGAAGUUCACGCGUGAGGGUGUCCUGCCGAUGGAGAAUCUGAAUGAGAUGCAGUGCAUGUGGUUCCAGACCGAAUGUGCUCUGGCGUAUCAGCGUUUGGAGAAGUGGGGCGAUGCUCUGAAGAAGUGUCACGAAGUGGACAGGCACUUCUCUGAAAUAAUUGAGGAUCAAUUUGACUUUCACACGUAUUGCAUGCGAAAGAUGACGCUGAGGGCGUACGUGGGACUCUUGAGGCUGGAAGAUGUCCUCAGGAGGCAUCCUUUCUACUUCAAAGCCGCCAAGUGUGCUGUUGAAGUGUACAUUCGGCUGUAUGAUAAACCCCUCAAAACCGAGCAGCAGAUUGAGGAAAUAGAUACUGAAAAUCUUCCGCCGUCUGAGCUGAAAAAGCUUCGCAAUAAGCAGCGAAAGGCGCGAAAAAAGGCUGAAUUGGAGAGUGCUCAAGCGGCUCAGGCUCAGGUGAAGAAGGAACAUCGCAAUAAAUCGCGACAGCAGCAAAAUGCUGAUGGGGAUCCGGAAGCACCGCAAUUGGAUGAGUUAAUUCCGGAUAAAUUGGCACGUCCGGAGGAUCCACUGGAAAAGGCAAUAGAAUUCCUGAAGCCACUUCAGAGUUUGGCCAAAGAUUGCAUUGAGACGCAUCUGUUGGCCUUUGAGAUUUACUACAGGAAGAAUAAGUUGCUGCUGAUGCUGCAAUCUUUGAAACGUGCUCAACGAAUUGAUGCCAAUGAUCCGGCACUCCAUUCGGCGGUUGUGAGAUUUCGUGAUGUGCUGAGCAAGGCUGAUGAUAUUCAUCCGAAUGUGAAGACUGUUCUGGAUAAGGGAACGGACUGUUUGUUCCGGGGGAAGACGGCAAUUGAAUUGAACAAUAUGUUUCUCAAUGAUAAUUCAUCGUCAAUUCGUCACGUACUCGAAGCGGCUAAGAUUAUGUGUCAACUGGAACCAGAAAAACGGGAAGCUGCUAUCAAUUUGGUCACUGGAUUCGAUAUGCAGCAAAUUACACUUGAGGAGUGCACCAGAGUGUUCAAUAGUUUGAAUAAUGGUGACUUUGGUGAUGCUGAUUGUGUGGCAGAAUACAAGAAAAAGUGUUCACGUCAAUUUCCCUAUGCUUUUAUCUUCAAAAACAUCCAAACCCUUUCGUAUCUGCAAUCUUUAGCUGAAAAUCAUAUGGAAUCGUCUGUUAUACAAUCACAUGAGUGUUCUCAAACAUCCCCAACCCCCAUGGCUCAGGCCGCGACACAACAGCAUGAGCAAUCGACGAGUGAAUUGAAAUGAAAUCGAAGAAUAUUUCUUAUACAAUACAUACAUAAUUUAUGAAUAUCUUUUUUUCAUGAAGAUGGAAAAAAAAAACAACUGACUAUGAAGUUUCAUAUUUCAAGAGGAAGGAAAUAAUUGGAGGAAGAGGAAAACCAAAUUGCAAAUAUUUUACAAAUAAAAAAAGAAACAACAGAAAAAAGUGAGAAUGGGAAUGAUAAACAGAACCAGAAGAUUUGUACACAAUUGGUGAGUAAAUUGGCAUAAAUUAUAUACACAAGAAAAAAAAGAAUUAAAAACAAGGUUUUUUAAAAUGAGAAAUUAAUAAAAAGAAAAACUAAUGCGUAGAAUUAAUUUAAAAUGAAAAAUCGCCACAAUAAGGGUCUAGUCUAUAAAAUACUAGAGAUAUCGAAUCUUCAAGGAUAAAAGCAAAACAAAAAGGAUUUCACUUUUUGAAGACUCAAAAAAAAAAAAACAAAGGAAAUAUCAUUGAACUUAAAAAAAAAGUUAAACAAUAUCGAAAAUUUGAAAUAAAGUUUUUUUAAUGUCGAAAAUCAUUCACAUGUAUUGUGUGAGAAGAAUAAAGAAAAAAAUAAUGUCACUCCAAAUUUAAAUUAAGAAUUAGAUGAAUCGGUAAAGAAAACUUUUGUCAUGCCCUUAUAAAGAAAUUUUUAAUAUUCAUCUCUGACGAUAAAUCAUUAGAAAUGAAUUUUUUUCUGGUGGAAAAGUUCUAAUUGACAUGAUAAGUGAACAUUGAAAAGUGUAAUUAGGUUAUUAAUAAAUUGCCGUAUAAAUACAUAUUUAGGAUCAUU